CGCUGUCGCGGGACCCCCGCCCCAUGAGCACCCCAGAGGCUACAGAGCCCGAGCUGGAGGCUGUGAUUCAGAAAUUGGAGAGCAGUGUCCUGGUCUCAGCUGAAGGAAAAAGCCUCUCCGUCAGGGGUGCCUCUGAAGACUCGCCACCUACCCGCCUGCCGGCCCGGAUCCGAGAGAUCGUGACCAAGAACCUUUCGGAAAGCGAUUGCCAAGCAGCCUUCCAGGGCGAGAUGUCGUCCUUGCUUUCCCUCCAGGAGGAGAACCGCAUCCUACAACAGGAGCUGUCCCGAGUGGAGGACUUGCUGGCUCAGAGCCGCGCAGAGCGCGAUGAGCUGGCCAUCAAAUACAACGCCAUCAGCGAGAGGAUAGUGCAGGCGUGUUGUAGCAGGCGCUGCCCCAGGAGGUGUGCAUGCGCCUCUGAGGGAGGGAGAAGGUGGACGGCCUUUUCUAAGACGGUAUCCAUGAUCCGUGGCUUUUGGGAGACGCGACACCCCGUUGGCCUCCGGUCUCUGCCACGCUUUGCUGCACAGCUGGAGGAGAGUUUGCGCCUGAAGGGGCCCGACCCGGUGACCAACGCAGAUCUGGAGCAGGCCAUCCGCUGGAGCGCCACAGGGCUGGGUGCCUGGCCAAGGGAGGCAGAGCUGAGGAGGAAGAACCAGAUGCUGGAGCAGGCCCUGCGCCUGGAGACAGGGGAGCGGGAGCGGGAGUCGCUGGAGAACAAGAGCCUGGCCCAGCAGAACAUCGAUCUGCGCCGGCGGCUGGAUGAGGAGCAAGCGGCCUACAAGCGCAAGCUCCAGGCCUACCAGGAGGGGCAGCAGCGGCAGGCCCAGCUGGUGCAGAAGCUGCAGGCCAAGGUUCUCCAGUACAAAAAGAAGUGUGGUGACCAAGAGCAGCAGCUGCUGGAGAAAUCGACGGAGCUGGAGCAGCAGCGCCUAGUGAGCCGCCUGGACCUCACAGAGUCACGCCUGCGCCAUGACGAGGAGCACAGCAACGACCUGGAGAACGCCCUGAUCCGCCUGGAGGAGGAGCAGCAGAGGAGCGCCAGCCUCGCUCAGGUCAAUGCCAUGCUGAGGGAGCAGCUGGACCAAGCAAACACAGCCAACCAGGCCCUCAGCGAGGACAUCCGGAAGCUGACCACAGACUGGACAAAAGCCCGAGACGAGCUGGAGCAGCGGGAGGUGGAAUGGAGGCGAGAAGAGGAGUCCUUCAACACCUACUUCAGCAACGAGCACAGCCGGCUGCUCACCCUCUGGAGGCAAGUGGUCGGCUUCCGGAGGCACUUCAGCGAAAUGAAGACCAUGACGGAGAGGGAUCUUUCUGAACUGAACAAUGAGCUCUCCCGGUCGAGCCGCACCGUGCACGCUGCCUGCCUGAACCUGAGCAGCAACCUGCGGCUGUCUGAGAGCAGCGCGAGCGCGGCCCUGGAGAAACAGGCGCUGCUGACUGCCCAGCUGGAGGAGCAGCUGAAGGACAAGGUCCGGGACAUGAUCCAGCUGCAGGUCCGGUGCGACGUGGAGAAGGCGGAGCUGAGCAACAGGGUCAGCGAGGUCACAUCCGGCUUGGAGCGCGUGAAAGGCCAGAACUCGGAGAAGGGCAAGACCAUUGAGAUGCUGACCCAGAAGCUGGAGAGCUUGGAAGCGUCCCGCGUCCAGGAGCAGGCGGUGGCGGAGGCGGAGGAGAUCGAGGCCUUGCGGACGGAGACGGAGUUGCUGCAGCAGACGUUGCGGGACCUCGCUCAGGCCGUGAUCUCGGACGCAGACAGCGCCAUCCACCUCCCGGCCGCUGACCGCACGGCGGACGCCUCGCACAGCGACACCACGGGAGGCUUCAGCCUGCGAGGCUUGUCCUCCAGCCUUCGGACCCCCUCCCCGCUGCGACGGGCCUCCCCCCGGCGCAGCCUCUCCCCGGUCUUCUCAGACUCCACGCUGGCGGUCGUGCAGUCGGCCCUGCAGAAGCGGCAGCUGCAGCUGCAGGACCUCCGGGGGAAGCACGAAGCCGCCCAGGACCUGGUGUCGUCCCUAAAGAGGCAGCUGGUGGAGAGCGACAACGAGCGGCACUCCCUCGAGCAGAAGGUCCUGCAGCUGAAGGAUGAGGCGGACAGCCUGGUGCAGGCCAAGGAGGAUGCGGCGCGGGACGCCGGGCGGUUCCGGUCCUCUGCGGAGCUGCUGGGCAGUGAGAGGGCUGCCCUGGAGAAGGCCCUGCAGGCCUCGCAGCAGAAGGCGGAAGAGCUGCGCCAGGAGAACGAGAAGCUGCAGCUGGCCAAGAGCCACCUCCAGCGCCAGCGGGACGGCCUUGAGGAGGAGAAAGAGGACGUCCUGAAGGACCAGGAGCGCUCGCGGAAGGAGGCUGAGCGGGGUCAGAAGCAGCUGGAGCAGCUGGAAGCCAAGAAGUCCGGCCUCAGGAAGGAGCUGGUGCUGGUGAGGGAGGCCUUGAGCAGAGCCGUCCUGGAGAAGGAGGUGUUGGAGAACGAGAAGGCUGAGCUGGCCGAAGCCCUGGCCAAGGCGGAGGUGAGCCGGGCUGAGCGGGAGCUGGCCCUGAACCGGCUGAAGGCGGAGGAGGCUUCGCUGCACGACUCCCUCUCCAAGAUGAGUGCCCUCAACGAGGGGCUGGCGCAGGACAAAACGGAGCUCAACAGGGCCAUCAUUCAGCUGGAAGAGGAGAAGGCGGCCCUCUUGGGGAAGAAGCAGGAGGUGGAGCAGGAGAAGGCCACCAUCCGGGAGGAGCUGGUGCGCUUGGAGCAAGAGAAGCUGGACCUGGACACGGAGCGCCACGGUCUGGGCCACUCCCUGCAGGCCAUGGAGCAGAGCCGGGAAGCGCUGGAGCGGGAGCUGCGGGCGCUGCAGAAGGAGAAGGGGCAGCUCCGAGAGCAGCUGGGCCAGCUCUCCCGCCAGAGGAACGCCGGCAGCGAGGAACUGGCGCAGGUGCGUCAGGAGCUGGAGCGUCACAGCGGGGCUUUGCUCCGGGUGGCCAAGGAGAAGGAGGCGCUGAUGAAGGAGAAGGCCAGCUUGGUGGUGCAGCUGGCCGCCUCGGAGCGGGAGAAUCGGGGGCUGGCGGAGGAGAUGGCCGGCCUCAGGUCUGAGAAAGACGCCUUGGAAACGACCCUCUUUGAGAUCCAGCAACAUCUGGCCCAGCUGGAGUCCCGGAAGGAGCAGCUGGAAGCCGAUAGCCAGGGCUGGCUUAUGGCCAAAGAAACCUUGCAAGUGGAGCUCGUGGGCGUCCGCAAGCAGAUGGAAGCUGAGGCGAGCCGGCUGGAGAGGGACAAGGAGCUGCUGGCCCAGAAGCUCUCCCAGGCAGAGCAGGAGGCCCAGGCCGCCCUGAGGAACGCCCGGGCAGCUCAUGAGGAGGACCUGGACCGGCUCCAGCGGGAGAAAGAGACGCUGCGCCUGGAGCUGGACGCGGAGCGUGAGGAGCUGCUGCACCGGCUGCUGCAGGAGCGGGAGGAGCUGCUGGCCCAACACGAGGCGGAGAAGGAGGAGCUGGGCGAGGAGGUGGCGGCCCUCCAGCAGGAGCGGGACGAGCGCCUCCUGCUGGCCGAGAACGAGAAGCAGCAGGCGCUGUCCCUCAAGGAGUCGGAGAAGGCGGUCCUCCUGGAGAAGCUCUCGGGCGCCCAGCAGAGCCUGGCGAAUGCCACCAUGGAGGCGGAGAGGCAGAAGCGCGAGGCCCAGAGCCGCCAGGAGCAAGAGCGAGGCACUGCCAACGCCUUGAAUUCUGAGCUACGGAGCCUGCGGGCCCAGUUUGAGGAAGCCAUCGCAGGCCACGAGCGGGAGGCGAAGGCGCUCCACGACCAGGCCAGGGACCUGACGAAGCAGCGGGAGUCCGCCCUCCACGAGGUGGAGGAGCUGAAGACCCAGCUGCGCAUGGUGGAGGACGCACGGGACCUGAUCCGCCGGGACCUGACGGAGGCGCACCGUAAGGUGCGAGAGGCCCAGGAGGCUCACGAAACCCAGCGCAAGGAGGCUGUGGACCUGCGGAGGGGGCUGAGCGAUGAGGGCAAGGAGAAGGAGGCGCUGCAGAGGUCCAAUGCGGAGCUGCGUCUCGCCGUGAAGCGCGCUGAGGCCGACCGAGUCAGCUUGAAGCGUGCCAGUGAGGAGAAGAACCAGAAGAUUUCCAUCCUGGAGGAGGCCUGGGCAGUGGCCGGCAAGGAGGCCGCAGACGUGCGCAGCAGCCUCCAAGAGGUGGAGCGGUCACGGCUGGAGGCCCGCCGGGAACUGCAGGAGCUGCGGCGACAGGUCAAGAUGCUGGAUAGCGAGAACACCAAGAAGAGCAAGGAGGUGGCUGAGCUCCAGGCCCGGGUCGCUCUGGACGAGCAGCGGGAGGAGGAGAGCCGGCGGGAGUCCUUUGGGCUCAAGCAGAAGAUAGUGGAGAGCGAGGCCAGCCGGGAGUCGGCCAGGAAGGAGCUCCACAACCUGCACCGGAAACUCUCGGAGCUGGAGGGCGACUUCCGCCUGCGGGAGAAGGAGCUGCUGGGCAGCUUGGAGGAGGCCCGCGGCAACGAGAAGAAGCUGACGGACAACGCCCGCAACCUGGAGAUCAAGCUGGAGAAGGCGCAGGCCGAGGCGGCGGAGCUGGGCCUGCGCCUGAGCGCAGCCGAGGGGCGUGUCCAUGGCCUGGAGGCAGAGCUGGCCCGCGUGGAGGGCCUGAAGCGCGACGUGGAGCUCAAGCUGGGCAGCCUACACUCGGCCCUGCGGCGCACCAUGGGCAUCGGCCGCGGGGGCCGCCCCCCCAGCCCGGCCUUCAGGGCCCGUGGAGCCAGCUCCCCCAAGAGGCUCUUCUCCCCUCCGAAAGGUGGCUUUGCCCCCGAGGGGCGUGGCAGCCCCACGCCACAGGCUGGAGGCAGCCCGGGCUCCCGCCCUCCCUCGCCGGAGCGCACCCUCUCCCCCAGCCGGAGCGAGCAGCUGGUCGCCGACAUCGACCCGGAGGUGGUCCGGGCUGCGCUCCGGGACUUCCUGCAAGAACUGCGGGAGGCGCAGCGAGAGCGGGAUGAAUCCCAUUCCCAGUUGGGUGCCCUGAACCGGCAGCUGGCUGAGAUGGAGGCUGAGCGGGACGUGGCCGGCGCCCGGGUGCAGCAGCUGCAGAAGCAGGUGGCCGAAGGCGACGAAGGGCGGCGCAGUGUGGAUGGGAAGCUGAGUGGCGCCCAGACGGCCCUGAUGCUGCAAGAGGAGACCCUGCGCCGGAACGAUCGGGAGCGCAAGGCCCUGGUGGACAAACUGGUGACGCUGGAGCGCAACCUCCAGGCGGCUGACAGCGAGCGGAGGGCUGCGCAAGAGAAGCUCAGCAAGAUGAAGGCCAACGAGAGCAAGCUGCAGACGGACAAGCGUCGCCUGAAGGACGUGCUGGACGCCUCCGAGAGCCGCAGCACCAAGCUGGAGCUCCUCAGGCGGUCGCUGGAGGGGGAGCUGCAGCGGGCCCAGCUGGGGCUGAGCGACCGCGAGGCAGAGAUCCAGGGGCUGCACGACCGGAUCGACCUCCUGCAGAGACAGGUGACGGAGAGCGAGAUGAAGGCCAGCGCCCUGCAGCUGUCGUUGGACCGCCUCAGCCUCUCGCUGGCCAAGGCGGCGGAGGCUGAGAGCUCCCUGAAGGAGAAGGUGCAGGGGCUGGCCACCUCCCUGUCGGAGAGCCACAGCAACGCCGCCUCGGCCCAGGACAAGGUGCUGCAGCUGCAGAAGGCGCUGACGGCCAGCGAGCACGACCGGAGGGUCCUGCAGGAGCGGCUGGAUGCGGCCCGCCAGACGGUUUCGGAGGCCAAGAAGCAGAAUGGGGCGCUUUCGGAGCGCCUCCAGGCCCUGAAGGGGGAGCAGGCCGAGCUGGAGCUCCAGAGGGACGAGCUGGAGGGGCUUGUGAGGCAGCAGGAGGAACUGCUGCGCCAGCACCAGGAGGGCGAGGCGGUGGCCCUGCGGAGCCUGCAGAAGGUGCAGGACGACCGGCGCCUCCUCCAGGAGCGGCUCAGCAGCCUGCAGCGGGCCCUGGCCCAGCUGGAGAGCGAGAAGCGGGAGGCCGAGCGCUCCUCCCUGCGCCUGGAGAAGGACAGGAGCGCCCUCAGGAAGACCCUGGACAAGGUGGAGCGCGAGAAGCUGAAAACCCACGAGGACUCCGUGUGGCUGUCAGCGGAAAAGGGCCGCCUGGACCGGUCCCUCACUGGUGUGGAGCAGGAGCUGACGGACGCUCAGCAGCAGAUCCGGCUCCUUGAGGCCCAGGUGGCAGAGCUGGAGCGGGCCCAGGCCCAGAAGCUGGCCGAGAGCUCCACCAGGCACCGGCAGGACCUGCAGCUGGAGGUCGAGCGCCUGCGGAGCUCCCAGAUCCAGGCGGAGCGCACCUUGGAUGCCCGGGAACGGGCCCACCGGCAACGGGUCAAAGGCCUGGAGGAGCAGAUCUCCACACUGAAGGAGCAGCUGCAGCAAGAGGCCCGGAAGGGCCAGCCUCACUUCCCGGCCUCCUCCAUCCUUUCAGGAAACUAGGCCCACGGCUGCAGCCACAGAGGACACCCCCACCCCCCUCUGCCUCGCAAGGCGGAUGCCCGCCAGCCCCUAGGUCCAGGAUGCCAAGCCAAGGCGGGGUGGAGAACGAAGGUCUCCCGUUCCAAGAGGCCGUCUGGCCAUCUAGGGUUUACACCUCCAAGCCAAGCCUGAGAGUCGCGGUGUAAAAUACCCCAAGCAGGUGGGGAGAAGGAACGUUGCCAAUUUAGAGGGAAUCUUCAUCUUUCAGCAUUUUUGUUGUUGUUGUUGGUUUACUGGACAAUCGAAAUCAACACAGGCACCAUCCUCUCCUUGGGAUGCCAAAUGAUAAUAUAUUCCCAUUGGAAAGGAAGGCUGCGGUUGUACAGCCUCCUCCCUUCGGGUUGCCGUCACGGACGGGAGCAUUUCUGAGAACAGUUCACUCACUCAGGCCUUGGCGUUUCCUGCUGGGACCCAUCUCUAGGGCCACGGGGAGAUGGAGCUCAGGUUAAUGCUUUGCAUCUUGGAGGAGAGAGGGGGGAACGGUCCCCACCGUUCCUGCUGGGGGGUGAGGGCCGUGGCUGUGGCGGGCUUGUGGGUCCAGGCGGAGAGUGGGCUGGCCGCCCCUCGUCCCCAUUUCCUUCCUCGCACUGUGCUCUUGUUAAAUGUGACCAAGUUUUUUUUAACCAAAAUGCAGACGCUAAUUGUGUAUAGAUAUUUUUAUCUUUUUUGGUUCUUUAUGUAACAAUUAAUCAAGGAAAGUAGAAAACUAUUUUUAUAUCUAUGGUACUGUGGUUCUGGAUAAAUUUGGACUUUGCGCCAAUCUCGUCUCCCGGACAGGGGAUAAAACUUGGAAUAAAAGCCUCUUCUAA